UCCAAGGGACUCUCAAGAGUCUUCUUUAGCACCACGAUUCAAAAGCAUCAAGGGGAUGCUAAGGGACUUUGAAACAGGUGAAUGAUAUGCUCAAAUCUGUGUUGUGAAAAGAGGCUUCUGGCUCUGCUGUAGCCUGGAGUGGCCAGAGGGGGAACUGAGGGCACCGUGAACGUCCGGCAAAGCUGUCGUCCAAGUGACCGACCGUGGAGCAGUUGCCAAGACGGGACCUGUGCUUGGAUGACAUGCAAAGGAUACAAUCGACAGAACUUGAAAGAGAAUUAACUGACUUGCAGAGGGACCCCCCUGCCCAGUGCUCCGCAGGACCUGUGGGAGAUGAUUUGUUCCACUGGCAAGCCACCAUCAUGGGCCCGAAUGACAGUCCUUACCAAGGAGGCGUUUUCUUCCUGACCAUCCACUUCCCUACUGAUUAUCCUUUCAAGCCCCCAAAGGUUGUUUUCACAACCAAAAUUUAUCAUCCCAACAUCAACAGCAACGGCAGCAUCUGCCUUGACAUCCUGCGGUCCCAGUGGUCUCCAGCACUGACUGUGUCAAAAGUUCUCUUAUCCAUCUGUUCUCUGCUCUGCGACCCCAACCCUGAUGACCCUCUCGUGCCAGAAAUAGCCCAUACCUACAAGGCUGAUAGAGAGAAGUAUGUGUCCUCUUUGGAUUGCCUUUGGGCCCCAGCUGCUCCAGGUACAACAGACUAGCAAGAGAAUGGACACAGAAAUAUGCUAUGCAGAACAGAAGAUUCGGAAACUUUUAACAGGUAGCCCAUCGGGUAACUGGCCUCCUCUCUUAAGUUUCUGAUGUAACACAUUUCAAGAGCUGCCUUUAGAGUUCAGAGGUUUGAGAUUAGGUUAGUGAGGAGAAGGGUAGUAAAGGGAUUAUUCUAAUUGAACCUCCAAAGAGAGGAGGAAAAUUGAGGGACUUCACAUCUCUAAAUAUCCAAUUUGGCCUAGUCUUUUCUAAGUGGUUUUCAAAGCUAGUCCACUCCCAGAACAGCCCUAUGAGAAUAAUGUUUGGGUAAGUAGGACCAGGAAGUGGAGAAACACUAAAAUUCUUCAACCAGAUGGCCAGGUCUGUGGAGUUUGGAAGGAGGCCUGCAGACGUUGCACCUGGGGAUCAGCCCCAGGUGACCAUGUGAGCCUGACCUGCUCCAGAAACUCUGAAGUUGUAGCACAGCUUCCCUGGGACUAGUCACCACCACUUCCUUAGCAAAGCAGGCAGCAGUCUGAGCCUGGUCUGCAUUUACUUUACGGGGGUCCGCAUUUAGGAUCCUCAGUUACAGGGCUGCUUUCUGUGUUCCAUGGGACCCAUUCGCUGAUUUGUACCAUGGUGAGGAUUUGCCCUGUUAAUUUUUUCUCUCUUUGCUACCCCUUUGGUCUUUACUUAAACAAAAUGAUAAACUUCAGGUGUCCCCUGGGAACACUGCCACCACACAACUCUGCCAUUUCAGACAGUGGCCAUAAUACUCCUUGAACCAAAUAUAACAAAGUAUGGGAAGGUGGGACAGAUUCAAAUUUCAGAGACAAGUCAGAAGAAUAUCCAGGGCCAAGUUGGUGUUGAGUUGGAGGGUGCCAUUUUCAGCCUUUCAAGCAUAAUAGCUUUGACUCCCCAGAAGCUCAUGAAUUUUCUCUGUCUAGUUAAAAUUUUCCCAAGCCUGCUGUCUCUGUUGGAGAUAAUGCAGUAGAAAAAGUAAAAUUAUCCUUUGGGAUCCCCACUAUGAAUUACCAUUCACCCUUUGCUUGAUUUGCACUCUGUACUUGGACAGCCCUUUACUUGUGCCAGGCCAAGUGAUAGACAGGCCAGCACAGUGAUGUUCUUGCAGGCCUGUCCCCGGCAAGUUCCUUGGACUCCGUAUCCCUGAGAAACUUGCUUUUAAAGCCUUCCAGGGCUCAGGUCAGCCUGAAGGACAGGCAUCUUAAGUUGAAACCCUUAUUUUAAAAUGCAUUGUGUGCAGGCAGCUCCCAGGUAUCACACAGGUAUAGAUAUCAUGUUUCCAAGGCGAGUCCCAGGUCAGUAACUUAACAGCAGAUCUAAAAAUCUAACUGUGCAGUGAUACUUUGUUUUCUCCAUGGACCAGAGAUAGCAGGGAAUUGCAUGAUCUUAAGCAAUUAAUCCAACAUGAACAAAUGACUUAACUGUGGCCAGUAGUGUCUCAGUUUGCUGGAUGGAGCUGUGAUCUUGAUCCUUUGGCAGACUACAGGAAGACCCAGGAGUUCCAAGAAUAUGGCAAAGGGUCAAAAUCUCCCGACAAGGGAUUAGAACACCAGAACUCCCAUGUCCAAUGGGCCUGGCAGCUCACAGCUGACCCAUGUGUCAGCACCAUGGGAUCCCACACCACCUGACCACAGAGGCUCAAGGAUGGGCAGGUUUCUGUCCUCAAAUUCAGGACAAAGUAUCCUAAAGUGAUAAAGAGGUGCUUGUGAGACUGAUCAACAGAGCUUCUGGCCAGAAGGCCUGUUCUAAUAGAGGCAGAGAAAGCCUUGGGAGCAGCACGGGCCACUUGUCCCUCUUGCCCUCGCCUGCCCCCUCUUCUGUGCCUCUGUUCCUCCAGCUCUUCUCACUGUGACACAUGCUUCCUCCCUGGCAGCACUGGUUGAGUGAGGAUUAGAUCUAGCCAUGAAAGCUAGUCUGAGAAACAGGAUGGCUUACCAGUGUUAUCAACCUGAGUCCUUGGACUCUUUAAUCAAUAGAAAUUGAUAAGAGAUCAGACAAGAAAUUUAGGCAAGGCUUUACUGGAACUCACACUGCAGCAGUGGGGAGUAAGAACAAGUGAACCGGUGCCCUUGCUUGACCCCUGCAGGUGGCAGGGCGAGCUGGUCCCUUAAAUGAGGUGAGGGUGGGGUGGACCAGUGGGUCAGGUUGGAAGGGUGGCUCGGGUGGUCUGCCAGCCCACAUGGUGGUGCUAUGUGCUCCCCGUACCUCAGAAAUGACAGUUGGGUUUUGGUCUUUUUGUAUUAGUCAGAAUUGACCCCAACUGUGCAUUCAUCAAGUUAUUUUUAGUCCCUUAUAGUUUCUUUGUGUUCUGUUGCUCAAAGAGCUGUUUGUCCAGGUGCGAGCACUCCAGUAAAGGGACCCAGGCCCCAACCUAUCUCACCAGCACCCUCACAACAGCAGCCUGGUGCCAUGCAGGCAGGCACGCACACUGGCUCCCUCAGGCCUGGUGAUCUUCCCAGCCAGUCUUCUGGCUGCAUCAUGACCACCAUUGGGGUUUCUCCUCUGUUGGCAGAGGGAUUUUAUUAAAAACAAAACUAAAAAGCUACAGAAAAUCUGCACAACCUCUCUCAAACCAAAUAGUGGUUUCUUGAUUUUCCUAAAAAAAUGUCACGUUUCCAUAUUACCCCAUCUCCACUGCACUUCUCCCAGGCUCCUACACCUUACCUUCAGAUAGGCCCACUUGAGCUGUCCAGCUCCCUGCAACAGAGCUUACCUCUGGGUGCACAGGCUUGACUGGGCUCCACUUUAGGAGGUAAUGACAGAAUUGCCCUCUCAGAGCCUGCCUCUCACCCAUGCUGCCCACCCCACCACCACCAACCACCACAGUAGCUCAAGGGGCUAGUCACGGGGAAUGUCCAUCACCACUGGCUGGUCAUUACUUUCUAUUGACUUUAGGUGGCUUUAUCCAGGCAAUGAAUGAGCACUUGCCAAGUGCAAGGUGUGAAGAGGAGGGGAAAGGAAAAGAAUUAUACAAAGAAAAUGUGGUUGCUUUCUGGGAGUUCACUGGAACUACACAGGCCUCAGGACGGAGCUAAAACUAGGGUAGGACCUGAUGGAUGGAUAGGAAGGAGGGUCCUACAGGCAAAGGACUGUGUUCCCCAACAAGCACAGCACAUUCUGGGACCUCACUCAGCAACCUGGCAACACUCCCGCACACGGCCCUUCUGAAAUUGGGGCCCUGUUACCUUCUCGGUGGCACAGGGCUCACCUUUCUGGAGAAUCAUUGAAGGCAGAGGAGUGCAGGAUGAACAGCAAUUUUCAUAUUAAGUGGAUGGCAUAGUUCAUAUAAGCUGGUGUGUAAAACCAUUUUGCACCAUAGACUCCCAGGGAAACAAGCACAUCACUGGGCCAGGGGCUUUGUAGGGGCAAGGACAUGGGCACAGAGCUACAUCUGUUCCUCCAUCCACAUGAAGAAAGGAACGAAAUGACAUUAGGCCUGGGCCCAGCCUCAUCUCAAAGCUUGUUCCCAGGAGCAAUAAUGACCUGGCCAGGGCACUAGAAGGCCAGGCAUGCUCAAUGGACAAAAUGAUCUACCAGCUCCAGAAAUAAGGAUGUAGAUGGAGGCAUGGGCUGUAAAGUUGGGGGUGGCAGAGGCAAGGGGUGAAAGGCUAACUACCCAUCUGAGGGAACUUGGCUAGUUCUUCCUUCUUUGUCAAAUAUCCAGCAGUAGGAAUAACCUGGUGGUCCAGGGGUUAGCAGUCUGUGCUUCCACUGUAAGGGUCACAGGUUCAAUCCCUAGUCAGGAAACUAUGAUCCCACAUGCCAUGUGACCAGAAGCAAGCUCAGGACACCAUCCUGGAACAGGAAGAACUAACAAUAACCUGUCAACAUCUUUGGGUUUAAAAUGUUGGCAGAGUUGUAGUUAAACUGCAAAAUCCCCAUCACCUAUACCUUCUGUUCCCUUUGAACCUAAAAUUUCUGCUGACUCCUUGCUGUGGGCCCAUCUGUCUACACCAGGGAGCUUGGCUGAUGCACAUGUCUCCAGGUCUUUGAGGUCAAGGCUUCGGUAAGACUUGAGAAGCUAGAAGCCCUCACAGCAAGAGCUAUGUGAGCAGCAAGUAUGCCCUCUCUGUAAAGGGUUAGGAUGGCAGGAAAGAGCACUGCUUCUCCUGAAGGAGGUGUUUUUUCCCUUUCUGUGAGACACCACAUACUGACUUGUGGCAGACCCUGAUAGCCAAGCCUUAAAUGACACACAGACCACAUUGGCCAUUCCCUACCUGCAGGCCUGAGUCACAGAUCAAGCUCAGGAUUGCAGCCUUUCCACCUUUCUACCCUUGACUGCUUACCCUCUGUUUAAAUCAUAACAGGGAUUCAACUAGGAAGGUUUGGGGUUUUUUGUUUUGGUUUUAAUCUUCUCAAGAUGUGAAGUAUUUGCUUACUGGAUUCCACUUACCAUGCAGCAUAAAUAAGUUUUCUUAUUAGGGCAGGAAAACCAAUGAUUUCAUUUCUCCCUUUCUGUAGUAAUGUGGCCAUGUGUGGCUGGAGCAUAGAAAUGUAAUCCUGGUGGUUUUUAAGAAAAUUAUUUUCUUGCUAAUUGACACUUCUGUGGAUGAAGACUUUGAAUAAAAACCUAUUGUUUUCUA